GAACUGUAUUGGAGGUGGGAGGAAGGUUCGAUCUUCCACGUGCCUUUAGUUGCUGUGGCGAUACGCUCGCGCUCUAGCACGAGAGCGGAAGUCAAGUUUCCCGCCAAGGCAAAAAGCUGAGGAGUUAAUCAGGAUUUCGUUCUGAAAUGGCCGAUAUAUUAGAGGGUCCCCGCGUUCGUGUCAGCGCAAGUCAACUGUCGCAAUACGUUGGAAAGCUUGUCUGUUUCGUGGGACGCCUUGAAAAGAUCCAUCAAUCUGGGAAAUUCUUCUUUCUAUCUGAUGGAGAAGGAAAAAAUGCAGCAAUUGAGCUAAAUACACCUCUUGAAGAAGAGAUUUCUGGCGUUAUUGAAGUAGUAGGAAGAGUUACAAAUCAACUGAAUAUCAUGUGUUCAUCAUAUAUGCAAUUCAAAGAAGAUAAAAACAUGUUUGAUCUUUCAAUGUACAGUGAGGCUGUAAAAGUUAUCCAUGAGUUUCCUGAGUACUACCCUUUCAGUACUGAUGUAUGACUGAUGCUUAUUUUGGUAUUUGAGAUCCUUUUAUAAUGUUUAUUGAACAAAAGUAUAAAGAACAUCAGUGAGGAACAACUUUCCUACAAAUCUAAUUUUCUAAUAAUUUGCCUAUCAUAUGUCGCAAAUGUUUGGAUUUCAUAUUUGUUUUCCUAUCAGUGAACUUCACUGGACAGUAACCUAUCUUUGAUGAUAAAUCUAUGUGCGUGAAAAAUACUCAAGUUAAAAGAAGUUUCAUUGAGCAGAUCACACUUUUACUACAAUAAAGGCUCAGCCUGAGUUAAGUAUGCCAGGCUUGGAAAGAAUGACAAAAUUCCUUAUCUUCUACAUAUGAAUAACUGUCCAAAAAGAAUAACACAAUUAUGGAAAUGUAUACAUGAUAUUUGUUUAUUGAAGCCUGAAAUACUUCAACUAUUUUUGAUAUGCUAAUGAGGAAUGUUACCUGAUUUGAUUUACUCUAUGUCUAGCCAACAAUUAAGCUUUUGUGUAAUGUGUUACAAUCUGUUUUGAGGUAGUGUCAUUUUCAUCUUUAAUAAACUCUUUAAACAUUUGCUCUUUAA